CAUUUCAACACAAUAGGCUGUGCCGCACACUCAGAUAUGUUUAUCUUAACUUCCUUCAUGGUCCCAACACUAAUUCAACCAGCCGAUUUCAUCGAUUACAUUGACUCUUAACAAUACUAAAAGAUUUACUGAUAAAAAAAGAUCCGCCUAUCAGUAUGGCCCCUACGAUUUUGUUCGUGCCGGGGUUUUGGGAAGGACCAACAGUCUUCGACGAAGUCAUUUCACAGCUCCAAUCCACCAAUGUGAAGACUCAGGUAGUCGCCCUGCCCAGCACUGGUACCAUUUCGCCAGGUAAUCCAGAUAUGAACGAUGACAUUGCUGCAGUACGCACUGUUGUCCAGAAAUUGGUUGAUGCCGAAGAAGAUAUCGUGAUGGUUCUUCAUUCGGGCGGUGGCUUCAUAGGAUCAAGUGCUAUCGAAGGCUUAACAGCUAAAGCACGCAUGAAAAAAGGAUUGAAGGGUGGUGUGACAAAAUUGGUCCUUCUGACGGCAGCAAUCUUCCCGGAAGGCUUCACCCAUGGCCCCUUGCCAUUUCAAAUCACGGAGGUGGGUUGUUAUUACUUGGUCCCGAAGUCAUGGACAACACUAAACAGAUUCUAACUGCAAAAAAAAUAGGGCGGAGCUAUGUAUUGUGCCAACCCUGAGAAGGUUCUUUUUAACGACCUGGGAGAAAAGAGUGCCGAGAAGUGGAAGAAAGCCUUGAAGUCGCAACCUGCGUCCGGCUGGGAUGGAACCAUCACAUAUACAGGCUGGAAAGAUGUACCAAGCGUCUAUCUUGUAUGCGAGAAUGAUCAAUGUAUUCCACAGUCAUUGCAAGAACAACUUGCAGGAGUAGCGGAAAGCAAGAUCGAGAAGUGUGCUGCUGGACAUAUGGUUAUGUUGAGUAUGCCAGGAAAGGUGGCACAAGUUAUCGAAAGUGCUGCUGCUUAAGUGAUUUCGAUAGCAGCAGAGCAAGGAUAUCUAUGAAGCUCUCAGCGUCUCUUUGCGGCAUUGGGACCCAAAAGAGCAGAUAACGGAUAUUGCAAGAAUGAAAAUGAAUUCAAGCACGUGUCUGAUAUCGGAUAUACUUCCACCAGCUACUACCUACGGACACAUUUUCUAUGUCCCAAUCUAUUUUUAAAUG